UCGCCGGCAAGGAUGACGAGUGAAGAGCACUUUGCAGAGAUCAAGUCUCGCUUCGGCAAGCGCCCGCAAGAUCUUGACGGCGCAUGGGGUCGCCUCGUCGUCACUGGCUGUACGGAUUGGGCGACGGCGGGCAGGAAAGCCGUCCAAAACAGUGCCGACGUCACGACGCCGUCUAUCGUGCGCUCGGUGGCACACGUGGCAUUUCGACGCAUCUUCACGAGCCAUUCUGGGGCCACACAUGUCGCCAUUGACAUCAACGGGACUGCUUGGCUCUGGGGACGUAACGAGCAUGGUGCAUUGGGUACGAACGCGCCAGAUCCAGUCUCGGGUCCAGUCUCGCUACUCAACUCGAGCUUUUACCCAGCCAACACGCUACCCUCUGGCCUAUCGCAGAGUCCCAUCGUGCAUGCUGCCAUCGGGAGGCACCACCUCUUGCUCGUCACCGAAGCCGGCGAGGUUUAUGCAGCCGGUGCAAACGCGAUGGGACAGUGCGGCCAGGAUGAUCUCAAAGACCUCCACGCCUUCAAGCGCGUCGUUGCGGGCGGCAUCGGCAAAGAAAAAGCGAUACAAGUCGCGGCGGGCAUCAAUUACUCUCUCAUCCUGACCACCACGGGGCGCGUCUAUGCAUUCGGAAGUCACGAGAAAGGUGUGCUCGGCAGCGGCAAAACAGGCGAAUACAUCACCGGCAAAGGUCUCGCUUUCCAAGAGCAACCGACGCCCAUGCCAGUACGCGGCCUCGAAGGCAAGGAUAUCAUCCAGAUCAGCUCCGGACAGCAACACAACUUGGCACUCGAUAGCGAUGGCUAUCUUUACGCUUGGGGCUAUUCUGCGCUUGGCCGCACUGGCAUGGGCAACCAAGUUGAUCUCCUGGUGGCUAAGCCCGUCUCACAGUUUGCUCAAACGAAUGUCCUCAUGCGCGCCUCAUACAUCUGUUGCGGGCCGCAGAAUUCUUUCGUCAUCGACGGUCAGCGCAUGCUGUAUCUCUUUGGCCGGUGGAAGACCAGCGGUGACGGGUCAUCUGGCCAGCCUUGGAUGCAUCCCCGGCCUGUACACGAGAUACAAGCCUACAAGCAACGCCUAAUCUCCCUGGGAGGCGCGACACUCUUUGCAGUCGCCGAUGACGAGGGGACCAAUAAUGUCACUAUCGGCUGGGGUCAGAAUUGCACUAACGGCGAGCUUGGUCUGGGUGUCGACCAGCGCAAAAGCGCAACUUUGCCCAUCCGCGUCGAGACGCUAGAUGGCCUCCAAAUCCUUGAUCUCGCUGCCGGCCAGAACACAACCUACUUCCUUGUGCGACCUCCGCACGCCCUAGAAGUACUCGAGAAGCUGCGAAAAGCUGUUGCGAGAGAGUCUGAUGGCACUCCAGCGAGCACGACCAGUUCUGACGUCUGGAGCCAGUUGCCGAGAUGGCCAGAGACCCCGGACACGCCGGACAUCUGCAUCGUCUGCAAAGAGGAUCGCGGCGAGACCGAUCCGCCACUCGAAUGCGACCGUUGCGAGUAUCCUUAUCAUCUCAGCUGCACAGACCCUCGCUUGGAAAAAGUCCCAGACUCGGAAUGGUUCUGCGAUGACUGUCUUGCCGACUCGGGUGAGCAACGUGCAGCGUCGUCUGGCAAGAAGCGCAAAGUUGACGCUUUCGAAGAUCAAGCGGCAAAAGGCAAAACAAAGGCCCCAAAGGGGAAAAAGAAGGCACGGUAGCCGCUCAGAAUGAACUAGCUGCAGGGCUGUAUGAGUAGAUGCUGCAUAAGCAGGUUGUACAGCGUGCGAGAUAUCAGGGCUCUGGAAACGAGUGACUUAAGAUCCAGCAGUUCUGGGAGCCUUCUAGGCGUUUGAUAAUCGGACAGUGCAACUGGUCGGCGUCACAGACUUGCUGCACCGUCACUUUACCGGGCUCGAUCUUCUCGAUGUUGAGCCAUACCCAAGCAGUGUACGUGGCUCGAACAUGACAACAUGCGCCAUCCUCUGGUGUCCAUCCUGGCUCAGUCGGCGG